AUGGAGCGUGGAACAACUACAGUACAUUGCUUAGCUGCCACACAGUAUCUGGCACUAUUUGUGUCAAAGCAUGUCGGGACAGACAGCUCUCAUGUUUGUUCACGACUGGUACCAGCCAUAGUAAAACAGAUGAACCAUGAAGACGAGAUGCUUUCAAAAGCAAGCUACACCGUUAUCUUUGAAAUCAGCAGGAAAGACCCCAAACUUGUGGCCGGUGAUAUCGGGGCUCUCGCUGAGUGGUACAGCACAAAACAUGCGACUUUUGCUCUACAUUCCCUCCCUAAGCCCUAUGAGGAAAGUGUUGGGUUUACACAGAAAGAGUUCAAUAUGAUGAUGUCAGCCAUAGAAGAAGACUCGCAACAGACCAAUGCUGUUUUUCAGGUUCUACUAAUCAGGCAAAUGGCUGAAAAUCAGCCGGAGCUCUUCACACAAGGACAUAUUGACUACAUGAUCAAGCAUUUUAUGCCCAACAACGAGACACAGAUGGUGGCCCUGAUUGUUUUUGGUGAGGUCAUUCCACAACAGCCACAACUGUUUGGAAAUAACAUAAUCACACAAGUCCUCCAGAGUCCAAAGUUGGAUUUGAGAAGCGCAGCUGCAAUUCAGGUUAUCUGUGUUAACUUAGGCCUAAAAAAGCAGGAACUAGCAGACAGUUUGAUAGAAGAGCUUUUUGUUCUGGUAAAAAAGAGUAAGGAUGCCAUUCAACAAGUUGCCCUUAUUGAUGGUCUCCGAACUCUGGGAGCUAAAUAUGGCGUCAACACUCUUAAACCUCAUCGCAAGUACUUUGAAGACUUGCAGAAAAAUGGACAAAAUUCUUCUCUCAACGACAUGUGUACAUCAAUUAUCAAUGCCAUGGACGGUGUCAGUAUGACGGGCAUCACUACUGAAGUCCUACAUAUCAAGAGACAGGUUGGUGAACUUGAUGAGAGGGUCACACACACUGAGGUAGAGGUCAAAGGGUUAAAGGUCACCGUUGACAAGCAUGGCAGAGAAAUAAAAACCGUGAAAACUGGACUUAAAACGGUCAACAAACGUGUAGAUGGUGUGCAAAAAGAUCUUGACGAUACAAAGGUCAAAGUUGAGGAAAUUGACAACAAGACGAUGUCCAACGCUCCAGCAUGGUCAAGAGAUCUUACCAAGUUGAUGAAUCCGAAGUCUGAGCACGAUUGGAGACUGUUGGCCCAACGUCUAGGAUAUUCACCAAAGGACAUCAAAGCAUGGGCCACCCAGAAUGAUCCCUGCAUGGCCCUUCUCAGCGAAUGGUACGCUACCCACAAGACAGUCGAGGCUACCCAAGCAGUACUGACCAGUCUGCAGGAAAUGGACAGACUGGACGCUGCAAUCAUCGUAGAGAAUGCUAUGAAGGCUGUUGAUGAUAUCGUUGUGGAAGCCCCCGAAUAUAAAAAGCCUCCUCCGAUCUUCCUUAGUUACCAAUGGGUUCAUCAGAAUGAGGUCAAGCUACUAAGGCAACACCUCCUCAUGGCCGGCUAUGAAUGCUGGAUGGAUGUUGGACAAAUGGGAGGCGGGGAUAAACUUUUUGAGAAGAUUGACAAUGGAAUCAGAGGGGCUAAGGUCAUCAUAUGUUGUGUAUCGGAGAAGUACGCAAAAUCUCCCAACUGUAACAGAGAGGUGAACUUGGCUGUCAGUCUUGGGAAGCCCAUGAUUCCCCUCCUGAUGGAGAAGAUGGGCUGGCCCCCUAAGGGCUCCAUGGGACCCAUCUUCAGCGAGUACCUGUUUGUGAGAUUUUUCCAGCGAGGAGGAGAGAAGACAAGUGACCAACGUUACUGGCCUGCUCCAAAGUUUCAGGAACUUCUGAUGCAACUCAACAUCUACAAAACAAUGCCUGAUGAAUCACUCGUUGCUAAAGAGUACAAGAACUGGUGGGUUCCUGUAGCAGAAGAAAUAGUCAUUACGAAAAAGCCAAACACUGGAGGACAGGGGGAUUCAAAUUCAGGUUCUGCGAAGGAUAACACCAGUAAGUCCCCAGACGUGUUUCUGUCGUACCAGUGGGGUAAACAGACACAGAUCAAACAGCUCUACAAGAGACUCUGUGAGCUCGGUUUAACCUGCUGGAUGGAUAUCUACCAGAUGGGAGGCGGGGACUCCCUGUAUGACAAGAUUGACCGAGGUGUCCGAGGCUGUAAGAUUGUUCUUACCUGUGUGACCACCAAGUAUGCAGUCUCGGCCAAUUGUCGAAGAGAGGUCAGUCUGGCUGAUUCCCUUAAGAAGCCUGUGGUCCCUCUACUGUUGGAAAAUAUGGAAUGGCCACCUAGUGGGCCUAUGAGCAUGGUCUUCACACAGCUUCUGUACAUCAAUUGCCACCGUGAUGAGAAAGUCCAGAUGACUUGGUCAGGAGACAAAUUUGAUGAGCUCAUAGGAAAGGUCAUAGAACAUGUGCCUAAUACGAUUGGAUAUGAACCUCCAAAAAAGGAAGACGACGAAUCAGAGCCAGUCCCAAAAACGGCACCUCCGCCAUAUAAACCGAACCCAGAGUUCGCACACGUCCAACAACAGGCACAACCUCAACCAUACCAACAAGCCCAGCCCUACCAACAAGCUCAGCCCUAUGCACAGUCUCAACCUUAUGGAAAUGUUCACCAGCAGCAGCAGAGGCCUGCCGCAAAUCAACAAUCCUCAUCUUGUGUGCUUCUAUAAAGUCCCCGUUGAAACAUUUAAUCACGAAAAAAAUGCAAAACAUAAUGUUUGAUCUACGCACUUGAUGUCAUGUUGAAACACAAGGUAUUUUAUUUCGGCUGUGUCAAACGAUUUAUCAGCGUAUACUUUUAUUUUUAAG